ACAGGAAAGUCCGACACCAGAGACAUGGUUACCCUAGAAGUGACAACAGGCUUAUUUUUUGUAGGAGCCUUUUUAAUUCCACAUGGAAUAUCUGGAACAAUUAUUAAUUCUGAUGCACUAUCUGAAGGGAAUUGUCACUCGGAGGAAUUGAGAAUUUCGAUUUCGUUGGAAUGUGACAUUAUAAACAUCGUUUUCAGCAUACUUUCAUAUAUUAUAGCAGACUGUAGGCUCAUAAAUGACGAGCUACGUUGUCAAACCGGGAAUUUAGUGAAUUAUUCUCACAACACCAGUGGGAUUCUAACCAUAACAACUCCAUUUAACCACACUAUACAUGCAGGAAAAAUACUGUGGGUGAAUACUACAUGUUCUAACAGCAGCGAUGUGCAGCAAAAUAUUCUUCUUAAGCCUUGUCUUUCUGGGUUUCAAACAAUGGCGUACUAUAACAAGACGCACUUUACUAUUUCCUGUGAGCAUACGUCCUUCAAUUUUUCCCUGACGGGUAUACGCCUUGUUAACGACAACGAAUUGGCACAUUGCAGGUGGAAUAAAACGAACAAAUGUCAUGCCACUUAUGGAGAUGUUAAAGCUCUUGACAAUGGUAUGAAGUAUACUUCUCCAUAUACCCCGGGAAUGAACUUUACAUGUAAAUUCGACGGGCUGUCAGUGGAAAUUGUUCCUCAACUACAAUCAACAAUAAACACGACGCCUAGCACCACCAGAACACCCUCGAGUUCAACUUCAUCACAGAGCCAAGAGAACGGAUCCACGGCCCAAGAUAACGGACAAACUAAAGUGACCAGUCCCUCUUUGAUGAUCCUUAUUUUGUGUAUCUUGUAUUUUCUUCAAAGAGAUGUAUUCAUUUGAAAAUUGACCGAUCAAAAAGAUGGAGUUUUAUACAUCCCUCGUGAUGUGUACGCCUAAUGAAUCCUCAGCUUGGGGUUUCAGUCAUAUCCUUCCGAAAUGAUUUGUGAUGAUAAUCGUGGAAUCAUUGUGCUCUCGAACCCUUUUCAGUUGAUUCAAGAGGUAAGCUGAGUAAGAAGAGGGGCAAUCUGAAUAUGCAAGAUUUCUCUUAGAGAAGCUGAUGUGAACCUUGCCCGGAGAGAAGCGUCAAUUCAUCAGCUGAUUAUGGAGCAUCAAUAUUACAUGGAAUUGAUCGUGCCGUUCACUUGUAGCACCGAUUUUGAUUAUACACUCUUUUCAAAUAAAGAUAAUCUCUCUGGA